AUUUUCGCUUCAGUGUUAUUAUUAUAUUUAUCAACAUUAGGUCAGCAUAUAUAUUUUGCUCGAAAUGCAUAACUAUUUAAAUUGUAGUUUUACUUACAUUUUACAGACACGCACAAAGUAUGGACAAACGUAAAGACCAGUAACAUAUAAUUUAUUUAUAACGUAUCUUUUUACAUUAAACAGUAUAUGACUGAGGAGUGAGUUACAUGAUUAGUCCGAGUGAAAUUUAAUUUUGAUUACUACUGCUAGCCUUUGUCAAAAUUAACAAAGCCUUUUCUCUCUCUCUCUCUCUUUUGAGCUUACGAAAUGACUUAAGCUGGAAAAAGGAGUCUAGUGUCACUUAAUGAAUAUUUAUUAAGUUACAAGUUCCAUCUAGCAGAUAACUUAGCUCUUUCGUAUUACUGGAUCAGGGAUGUGAAGCCUAAAGCCAAAAAUCCAUUUGCAGUUUGGUUUAAGAUUAUACUUGAUGACAUCGGUUGAAGGUCACAGUUUUUUGUUUUUUUUUACUUUAAAUGAAAGUUCGAGAAGGAAAGAUUCUAAAUGGGAUUGAAAAUUGUAAUGGUUUUAUUCCAUCGUUGAAUUAUACCAGCUCAAACAGAAUCUUUCUAACAUUUUCAUAUGUCUAUGGAUGAUAUAAAUACUAAGAAAGCUUUUGUGGAAGAACAUGUACAAGAACCUGAUAAAACUAGGGAACUUGAUCAUGCAAGAGUAACAGAAGAAACUAAGCAAACAGAAUUAUAUACGACUGAAACAGACACAGGAAAAGAUUAUAACCCUCUGUCAGCUCAGCCUUUUGAAAAGGAGAAAGAACAAAGUGGGUGUACCCAGAGUAAUCACAAUGGAGUUCUUCAGAAAUCUUCACAGAUAUCAGAAGAAAAUAAAGAAAACAUGUGUAACCCUGCAGUAACAAGUGACUCACAGGAAGAACAUCAGUUGAAUGAUGUAGAACUGCUAGAACAGGAGUGUGUAGAUGGAAGUUGGCAACAUUCAAAUGAUGAAACUAGUGGUGAUAAGUCGUCUGAAAUGGUUGUAUUGGAUCCUGAUCAUCCUCUACUGAAUCGCUUCCAAAGUGCAUUGAAGUCACAUCUUCAGAAGAGGUUAGAAAAUGUUGUGUUUGAGUUAAAUGAAGUGACAAAGAAUCUGAAAUCAAAUGAGAGGAAAAGAGAAGAUCAGGGAGUUGAGUUAUAUCAUCUUCAACAUGAGCUGGCUAGUCAACAGAAAAAACUUGAAGACCUUCAUAAAAUAUAUUAUGAAAAAACUGUUGAAAGACAAGAACAGGAAGAAGAAUUAACAUCUGUUAGACAUCUGUAUAAAAGUUUAUGCAAUCAGACAAAUGAAGAAAGAAAAAAAGAAACAAAACUUAGAGAAAAUGUUGAAGCUUCAUCUCAACAAGUUGGAUAUCUUAACCAACUAAAGGAAUCUUCGUACUCAGACACUGUCGUUACAAAGAGAGCUGUUAAAAAGUCUGAGACUGAAAAAUCACAACUUCAGAAAGAUAAACUGAAACAGGAUCUGUUGGUUCAUAGGCUAAUGAAGGAUCUCCAUACGGUGAAGGACGAUAUUUUUCUGCUUAAUACUCAGUGUGCAGUUCGUAGAGAAGACUCUAAUAAGUUACAUCAGAGAUUAACAGAAGCCAACACUGAAAUGGAGUCAGUUCAAUUAGAGAAGCAGCAGCUGUUACAAGAAUGGAAAAAAAGCAUUCUAGCCAUGUCUCGGCGUGAUGAGGCUUAUGCUGCAGGCCAAGAACUUCUUAGAAAACGUCAAGAUCAACUACGAUCAUUGAAAGCAAAGUUUGCAGCUUAUAAAAAAGAUAUCAGGAAAGAGCUAGAAAGAAAUGAACAUUUGAAUUUAAUUCUGCAAAAGCAAGAAUCAGAAAAGACAUUACUGAAGAAUUCUAUAGAAGGAAGUAUGGCUCGUCUUGCUGUCCUAGAGCGUGACUACAUGCUCUAUGAACAUACAAUAGAGGAAACUGAAGCAACCUUGGGUCUGCUGUCAAAGGAAAAACAGUCGUUAGAAAAACAACUUGAGGGUAUUCAGAAUCAAAUAAGAGCAUCUUAUCAAGAAAAAGUAAUGAAGGAAGAUGCUAUUUUUCAAGAGCUUCGUAAAAAACUGACAUUGAAUAAAGCAACCAAAUAUAACCAACAAAUGGCUGGAAAAAUUCAUCAAAAAACUAAGCAGGAGGAGAUGUCAAUAAAUAAAAUAGAGAAUCAGAUCUCACAGGAGAUGUUGGAAAUUGCUGGUGCAAGAACCAGGAUACAGUGUUUACAAGACCAUUUAGAAAACCUGAACUUGCAAGCCAAUGAAAAAAAUUAUUCUGUUACAUCAAGUGAAAAUGAAACUAAGAAGAGAGAUAUUAUUAUAGAGAAAAGACAAAAUACUAUUAAUAAACUAAGAAAGAAACUUGAAGAACUUAUCAAAUUGGCAGGAGGUGAAGAACUAGGUCCUCUUGAAAUAAAAGCCAACAGUCUUCUUCAUGAGAUCCAGUCAAAAGAACAUGAAUGUCAAAAAUUUGAACAACUUUGGCUUCAGCAACAGAAGGAACUUGUGACCAUUAAAAAAGAAGUUGUAGAUCAGAUGAAACAAAUUGAUAAACAUCAUAAACAGUUUAUUGUUCUGAAUCAGAGGAAAAUAAAUAUUGAAAGUGAAAUUGUUCAACAACAGAAUGAGCUACAGAGUUCUCAGCAAAAACUUCACAAUCUACAAAAUGAUAUUGUCAGACUAAAUUCCCUUCUACACAAAAAGAAAGGGCAGACAGAAACCCUGGAACAAGAAGUAUUGCUUCAGGAAGAGGAACUAGUUGGUAAUUUAAAGGAUGCAGAACUGGAAUGUGUACAGCUGGAAGAAAAACUAGAGAAAAUGAAGAGAGAACAUGAUAGUUUAAAAAGCUUGUUGACUGAUACUGAACAAGAAGUCAUGUUGUGGGAGAAGAAGAUGCAAAUGUCUGAAGAAACAAAGCAAACCCUCUCAUCAGAUGUGCACUUAGGAGAGAUUCAAGAAAGGAAGAAUGAAAUUCAUCAACUUCAAAUAUAUCAUGGGCAGUUAAAAAGAGAACAAGACAAGCUGUUGGCCAACUUGGACCGGUCUGUUUCAAAAUGGGACAUUAUUGCCACUAAAAUAGACAUCCAGGCAAAAUGUGGCAAGAAGCAAAAUUCAAAGAUAGUUAUACAAAGAAAAUUAGAAGAUGUGUUACAGAAGAUCAAAACAACUAAAAAGAAUCAAGUAACAUUAGAGAAAGAGCAUCAAGGACUUAAGGAGCUAUAUUCCAGUCUAAGAAGACAGUUAUCCAUAGAAGAAGAAGGUCUUCAAAAAUAUGAUGAUGAGCUUGUGAGGAGAAACCAACGUUUAAAUGAAUACAUUGAAGAAAAGUAUAAAAAUAUAAUUAGACUGUCACUAAUGCAGCAAAAAAUGAAAUAUCUUCAAUCAACUAAAGAGGGAAAGUACCAGACCAAAAUGUCAGUUAGCAGCAUGGAGAAGGAAGAGGAUAAAAUCAGAGAUAGAUUAAAGCAUUACAAAUCUAUUGCUGAAACCAUGAUAGAGAUGUUUCCUUCACAAGCUGAGAUCUUUCAAAAAGUCAUUGGUGUCAUAGCUUCUGCAAAAUCUUUGUAAAUAUUCUUAGACAUUUCUUGCACUUCACACAUACUGCUCGCACACAUAAGUGAUAAUGUGAAUAGAUACCAUGCCAUGAUGCAACAGAUUUCAUUUUUGCUGAUAAACCAUUAGGAUUAUGAAAUCUGACAAUUUUUUGCACUUAUUAUCAAAAUGUAGUUAAAUAAAUAUUUAACAAAGUGAUUUAUUUCUUAUGUGUCGAAACAAAAUUUCCAUAAUAGUGUAUUUUUAAUUGUUAGUAAUGGAUCACUGUGAGACAUUUACAAAAAAAUCUCAUGUGUCUUGUAUAUUAACCACUUUUUUUCUUAAAUGUUUAUAGCUGAUUUAUAUUUAACUCUGAAAUAUGUUUUUUAUUAUUUAGAAUCCUAUGUUUCAUUAAAACGGUUAUGUGCAAUAUUUCAGUAGUUUCAUUUACCAAGUUUAAAAUUGCUCUUUUAAUUUCAAGUAGUGUUAUUUGUGAAUAUAAUUAGUACUUGUUUGAAGCUGAAGCUAUACUGUUUUGUUGCAAUGUGAGGGAUUGUUUUCAACCAGAUUUCAGUUCCAUUAAAAUAUUAGUUCCAGAUUUCCAACAUUAAACUCUUCUUGAUACAAGAAACAUUACUCGACCAGAAGUAGUUCUUUGUUAAUGUUAGCUCUGUAUUCCUCUGUUGUCCGGGGUAUCAAGUGGUGAACAGCAGUAAUACACAGCUUGAAAACUUCUGUUACAGUGUGAACUGUGAAUUCCUUUACAGUAAGAUAUUUCAGAGAUGUACAGAAAAUAACUCCAACAAUGCUAAUUGUUCAUAAGCCUCGUAAAACGUUUUUAUGUGGACAUGGAUUGAAAAACUGUUCAUGUUAAGAUUUCCAGACUAACUAGACUUUCAAACUGUUCACAUACAUUAUGAGAAGAAUAAAUUCAUCAAUUUUAGUGAUUGUUAAAUAGUCUGAUUUAAUUUUGAAUUUUAGAAUGCGUGUUUAAGUUUCUAACACCACAUGCUGAAAGCUAUAUGUUAGUUAUUUUUUUUCACUUUUCAGUAUGAGUAAUGUAGUUUUUAAGCUCUCCUUAACCUUUUUUUGACUGUUUUGAGUCUAACUACAAACUGUAACCACAUUAUGUUUGGACUUCUCAACUCACGUGCAUAGGCAUCUGCAGAAUUCAUUCCAGGUUGGAACAAGCCCACAACCUGCCAGUAUGGUAGCCAUUGUAAAGCGCAGGCCAUUGCCUUGAAGUUUGAAUGUGAUGCUCUCCCUGAUUGUAGCUUAUCUACAUACACCUAAUAUUGUCCUUUAAAUUUAAAUAGUAUUAUUUUCUAAUACAUUUUUUUAAAUAAAUGUUCCUCUGAAAUUCCAGGGAUGAAUGCCCCCCUUAGCCUUUCCUGCUGGCAUAUGUUUGUUUUUUAACAGUGUUAAGUGAUAAAGGAAGUCUCAAGUCAUUGUUUUGUUGCCCCAGUUCAUAAACCUUAAUUAGAAAAUAACUGAAUUUCACAUUAGAAAUUGCUUUUCUUUAUUAUACCUUCCCAGAAAUUCACCAAACCAAUUAGAUGCCUGAGUGAUAUUGAGUGUUUUAAGUAUUACAUAAUAACUUGAUGUACUUUCCCACCCCCUCUUCUUACUGUUUUGUUUGCUAGGGGCCAUCUCUUGAUUUAGAAUUUUGCUUUUUAAUGAGUGCUAGACUCAAUGGGGUUUUACAUUCAAUUGUGUGUGUGUUCCUGAAGAAAAACAAUCUGUACAUUAUGAAUUCUUUAUACAAGAUGGAGAGUGUCUUGGGUCUUUGUUUUUUCCACUUCAUGUGCACAUUCUGUAUUUACUAAGAUUCCAGAGUUUCUUAUAUUGAUGUUAUACAUGGUCUUAGCAUAGCAUUUUUUCAUCACAAUUCAGGUAGUCUACUUAUUUGUUACUAUUUCUUUUUUAAUUUCUUCAACAGCAUAGGCCCUAUAGUAAUGUAAAUAAUGACUAAAAAACAUAAACCACCGCUGGAAUCACCCAUAUAGUACUAAGUUUUGUUACUAGGUGAACUUCCAGCUCAUGAUAGGGUACUUCGUUUGACCUGGACAUACUGAUAUGGCUUUUUGUGCCUGACCUGAGAAUGCAUCUGUCUGGUAACUUCCCAAAAGUGGGAAUCCAACAACCAUUUGCUCUUUUUCCCAGUAUUGAAUUCUGUGAUUAAAAUAGAUAUUUUCUCACUAAACAUUUCCCAGUUAUUUCUCUGUGAUAACAUCAUAUCUGAAGAAGGCUGUCAGUUAGUUAUCAGAAUGUGGCAUUUUAGCUUAUCGGACAUUUUAAUCUUUAUGAUUUGAUACAUUUAAACAUCUUCGUGCCAAAAUAUGUAAGAUUCGAAGGUUCAGUGGGCAGCAUGGAAGAGUCCAGUUUAAUUUUCCUCUAGUAAUACAUGCUUAUUUAACACCUGCUUCAACUAAAAUAGUGAUGUUGCAACCUUAAAACUAGUGUUUAAUAUAAACGUUGUUUUUUGCUUAUUGUAUAACUACUGUGAAAUAUUUUAUAGUAAGCUGUUUUAAAUACACAGAAUGCAUGUCCAACAAAAUUUAAAUUGACA